AUGAAGACCCUGAGGCUUCUUCUUGGACACUUCUCUCACACUCCUUUGUCUUUCGUCAUCGUCGUCAUGUUGAUGCUUCCUCUUACAUCAGAAGCGGUUGGGUGCACCGUUGUAGGUCCUGUCAUAUGGGUGUUUGGCGUCGCGCUGGCCAUCAUCCGUUUGACAGGACGAGGGAACAGUGGCCAACCAUGUUGGGACAUUUGGCUCACCGUUGCUGCGAUAGGAUCACUAUCGCUCUUAGCACAAUCCAUCAGCCAGCUCUGUCUCUACUUCCGAAUUUUCCGAGCCGAGAAGCAAUUUUGCCAGGUCAUCAACAUAGCCAUAGGUCUCGUUGUCCUGUGGGGAACCGUUUUCCUGCUCAAUUUCGUCUUCUUGUGCGACCUCGCUUUGGAAGAUCAGAUGUCGACAUCCAAGAAGAUAUCUGUGAUCGUCAUCUUUGCGUUGGGGGUCGGCUUCGUGUUCCUAUUCCGGAUCGACUGGAGCGCCAAUUUCACAGGGUCCUCGAAAGUUACCUUCAUUCUCAUCACCGUCGAACUCGCGUACAUCAGCUUACGUAUCAAUCUUCCUGAGGUUUUCCAGGCCUGUAUAAGACGUGCUGCUCCGACUGCCAGGGGCGGAUUCUCAUCAGACGACAACGCGCUAGUCUCUGUGCCAAGGAAGCCUAGGAAAGGCAGAGCAGACGAUGAAUACAGAUACUGGUCUUUCCACGAAGGUGGACACGGGGUACUCUGGCAGACAUCCCUGUACCAAGAGACAGGUUAUAUUUGA